AGUACGUGUAGCUAGAUAGCUAGUGCAGCUCGCACAGGCCUUAUCCAAGAGAAGAGACCAAUCGAACCGAUGGAGCGCCUGCCGGCGGAACUCGUCUCGGCGGCGUUCGCCGGCACCACGCCACGUGACGCCGGUCGUGCCGCCAUGGUCUCCACAGCAUUCCGCGCUGCAGCCGACUCCGACAUCGUUUGGGCCCGCUUCCUGCCGCCCCUCGAGCUGCUGGCCCCCGAGCCGCAGUCAAAAAAGGACAUGUUCUUACGCCUCUUGGACGGCCCCGUCCUCCUCCGAGACAGGCUCAUGACUAUGUGGCUGGGCAGGGAGACCUUCGCCAAAUGCUACAUGCUGUCGGCGAGGAAUCUGUUCAUCGCGUCGGGCCACAUGCCGCAGCACUGGAGCUGGAUCCCUCUCUCGGACUCCAUGUUCUCUGAAGGGGCUCAACUAAACAGUGUGACAUGGUUGGAAAUCCGUGGAAGCAUACACACCGACAUGCUCACCCCAGACUCCAAGUACGGGGCUUACCUCGUGUUUAAGAGGACCCAAAAUUUCAGUGGGUUCAAUUAUCCAAUCCAGAAGGCCACGCUCUACUUUGGACAAAUAAUGGAAUAUACCAGUCCGGUUCUCCUUGGUGAGAAUUGGACGCCGCCGCCAGAACUGGGUGUAGCUCAGCCUCAGCGCAGAGCCGACGGUUGGAUGGAGAUAUCGCUGGGUCACUUCCACACGAGCGGGAAUGAAUUAUAUGCUGAGAUGUCCUUCAGCCUGAUGGAGACGGAAGGAGAAGUGACACAGAAGCGUGGUCUGAUCGUGCAUGGCAUUGAGAUCAGACGUGAGAAAUCAGGAUGAACGCGUGCUGCUUCAGAAUUAUUUUUUGAAAUUUUUUACUUUUUAAAAUUUACUGUUCACCUUGUGAAAAAAAUAAAUUAUUUGUGAUUUUUAUAUUUUUUAUUUUUUAAAAUUUACUGUUGACCAGUCAACGGGUCAAAACCCGGUCAACUAGGUCAAAACCGGUCAACUAGGUCAAAACCGGUCAACAGAGAGAGAAGGGUUGAAUUCUGACCGGUUUUAAGAGUUGGGGUUGUAAUUUAGAUGGUAUUCGAGGUCGGGGUUGUAAAUUAAAUUAGGGCAAGAGUUCAGGGUUGAAAUAUGCAUUUCUCUCACUUCUAUUUACCUUACUUCCAAAAGCAAGGGCAUCACUAUUAGAACUCGAUACCGUAAUGUAAAUUUCAACUUGAGUGGCAUUGAAACAUUGUGUAUUUUUUAAUUCGUAUAUUUUUGGAAAAAAAAUCAUGUUUUAAUUAUAUACUUAUUGUGAACUU